CUCUUUUUCAUACAUCUCAAUAUGGCUCCUACCACCAAGAAGUCCACUGGAAAGAAGGUUGCUCCCGCUCCUUAUCCCGUCAAGGGAAAGCAAGCCGCUAAGGUUGCUGCUAACCCUUUGAUCGAAAAGACCCCCAAGAACUUUGGUGUUGGUCAAGAUGUUCAACCCAAGCGUGAUGUCUCUCGUUUCGUCAAGUGGCCUCAAUAUGUUAAGCUUCAACGUCAAAAGAAGAUCAUCUACCAACGUUUGAAGGUCCCUCCUGCUCUUAACCAAUUCACUCAUGUUUUGGAUAAGAACACUGCCACUCAAGUCUUCAAGUUGAUGCACAAGUACAGACCUGAGUCCAAGACCGAGAAGCGUGAUCGUCUCCGUGCCGCCGCUGCUGCCAAGGCCGAGAAGAAGGAAGUUGCCAAGACUGACAAGCCCGUUGUUGUCAAGUAUGGUAUCAACCACAUCACCGCUCUCAUUGAAGCCAAGAAGGCCAAGUUGGUCGUCAUUGCUGAUGAUGUUGACCCCAUUGAGUUGGUUCUCUGGCUCCCUGCCCUCUGUCGUAAGAUGGGUAUCCCUUACUGUAUUGUUAAGGGUAAGGCCAGACUCGGUACUCUUGUCCACAAGAAGACCGCUACUGCUCUUGUCUUGACCGAAGUCUCUGAUGCUGAUAAGGCUGAACUCGCUACUAUCGUCUCUGCCGUCAACACCAACUUCACCGAGAAGUGGGAAGAUGUCCGUCGUCACUGGGGUGGUGGAAUUAUGGGUCCUAAGUCCAACGCCAAGAUGGCCAAGCGUGCUGCUUUGGAAGCUAAGGAAAUUGCUGCUCGUCAAUAAACAACCUAUUCUCUCAGUUAUCAAAAAGUUUUUUUUUUUUGCAUAAAAUAAAGAAAACUUUCUAAUGCCCAAAAAAAAAAAAUAACAAA